AACGUGUCUCAGACUUGAAUCGAAACCCCAGUUCCAGUCAAAGUCCAUUUAUUGCAAAGUUAUCUACAUCUAUUAUUCCAUUCUGCAACUGAGAUCAGCACUUGGCGAAAAUUUAAUCAAGUGUCCGGCGCAUGCGCAUGACGGUAAUUGACCGAAGACUGAGCCGUGACAGCGGGACUGGACUGUAAACAACCGUGACGGGUGGACAUUUGACGGAUCAUGGCUACACCGAGCGAAGAGAAGGGCCAGACCGGGAAGAGGCGCUUCCUCAGCGGGGUGGUUGAAGGUUUUUAUGGGCGUCCAUGGACUAUGGAGCAAAGAACAGACCUUUUCAAACGGGAGCAGAAGUUGGGCCUGAACACAUAUCUGUACGCACCCAAGGAUGACUACAAGCACAGGAUGUACUGGAGAGAGCUGUACUCUGCUGGAGAAGCAGAUCAACUCAUGGCUCUGAUAUCUGCCGCGAAAAAGCACAAUGUGGAGUUCGUAUACGCCAUCUCUCCUGGCCUGGACAUUACAUUCUCCAACCCGAAAGAGGUUGCGGCUCUCAAGAGGAAGCUGGACCAGGUGAGACAGUUCGGCUGCCGCUCCUUCUCUUUACUCUUCGAUGACAUUGAGUCGGAGAUGUGUCCAGCGGACAAACAAGCCUUCAGCUCCUUCGCACACGCUCAGGUGGCGCUCACUAAUGAGAUCUACCAACAUUUAGGAGAACCUGAGACCUUCCUCUUCUGUCCCACCGAUUACUGUGCUGCGUUUUGCAUUCCCGACGUGGCCCAGUCCUCUUACCUGCACACUGUGGGAGACAAUCUGCUGCCUGGGAUUGACAUACUGUGGACAGGUCCAAAAGUAGUGUCCAACAAAAUUCCAGUUGAGUCCAUCGACGAGGUUUCGUCAGUGUUAAAGCGAGCACCCGUCAUCUGGGACAAUAUUCACGCCAACGACUACGACCCACAGAGGCUUUUUCUGGGACCUUACAAGGAUCGUUCCACUGAGCUGAUCCCCAAAUUGAGAGGGGUGCUCACCAACCCCAACUGUGAGUUUCAUCCGAAUUUUGUCGCCAUCCACUCUUUAGCGACUUGGUGCAAAACGUCCCCCGAUGGAGAUCAGCGGGACGUGGAGAUGGGUGAUGAGGAGGAAGACCCGUGCUACAGUCCCCAAAAAGCUCUGACGCUGGCUCUCACUGACUGGCUGCAGGAGUUUCUCCUGACAGAUCAGCCCAGAGGUGCUCGUCCUGCUUCGUCCAGCCUCAGAAAAGACCCCUCUGAAGAGGAGCCCAUGCAGACAGACAUGGGGGACAGCCCCUAUGUUCCAGGGCCUGGAGAGAACCCUCUAUACACGGCUGAGCCACUAACUUUGGACGACCUGCGGCUGCUGUCGGACCUCUUCUACCUGCCGUACGAACACGGCCCGAAGGCCAGGAGCAUGCUGCAGGAGCUGGACUGGCUAAAAUCCCACUGCGGAGCCCUUUCAGCUGACGCGGCCCAGGUCUGUGAGUCCACGCUCCAGGGGUGGACAUCGUUCUCACUGUUUGGUGCGUUUCAGACGGCAGAGUGGUGCUCACGUGCGCAGCAGUUCGACGAGAUGUGCGAGUCGGUGGUGCAGAUGUUCAACCGACUGUCCAACGCCCCCAACCGCAACAUUCUCUACGACCUCUACAAUUACAUCUGUGACAUCAAGAGCGGCGUCGGCAUGGCACGGGCCUACGUGAAGACUUUGGGAGGACGGGGCCGACCCUCCAUGCAGCUAAUGAACGAUGACCCUGAACCCUGGAGCUUUAGAGGAGGUCUCUCCGGAGAGUUCCAGAGGAUGCUUCCGGGUCAUGGAAGCAGGGAUCUAUUCAGGCAUCCACCGAGGACGGCUGUGUACUGCACAAGACCCUACUGCCCAGAGGACCAGGUGGAAGUUCAGAGAAUAUACAGGGAGAUGCUUCAGGACACAACACAGCCUCCUCUGAUCAGUGACAGUCUGUCCACAGGUGAGAUCUCUCCAUCGCCUCUUUGUGCUCUUGUGCUGGAGGAUGACUUGGGCCUGUGCGGUUACACUCUGGCUCUCACCGAUGCUAAAUCAGUGGCCGCCAAAAUCCAGAGGGUGAUAAGUGACUCUGUGUUUGAGGACUUUCCUUCACUGGUCACUGCUCAAGUGCUUCCACGAGUCACUGACCCCACACCAGUCAGGCGUAUGAUUGGUCAGUUGUUGUCUUCCGUACGGAGCACUGGGUCAAGGGGAGUCUUCUGUGAGCUGAGACACAGCGAUCGGAGAAUGGUGGAUUUCUUCACCAAACUCGAAACCUUCAAAACCGUCCAAACAGACUGUGAGCAUACGGUCGUCAUGGCAACAAGCUUGUAGCCAGAUCAGAUUCUUUUUUCAUUUAAAUUCAACAGCUUCCAGAAAUUCUUAAUAAAAAGUGAAGUAUUUUUCGGUUCUGUACUUCAGACUUUGAUGGUAUGAAAGUACUGACCCCCCGAUGAUCAAAUCUUUAUUUAGCCCACACAUUACGACAUUAUUGUUGUUUUUUAAGGUAAAUCCAUCCAUCCAUCUAGUAAACAGUCAUUUGAGGCUGCUGAGACAAAACAAUGUCUGAUACUCUACACGUAUCAGAUGCUCAGGGGUUGGAGGUUGAGCGUUAAAUCCAGUUAGUGCACGAGAUGUGGCCAAACUCUGAGGUCCAAAACAAGCUCAGCUGGUGAAAUAAUGCCAACAGAUUCACUGCUUUUGUUGUACCGAAUGAGUGUGACCCAAAUGUCUGGACACAUGAUACUAAAGUUUAGUGAGAUAAUGGAAUGGACCUUAAGAUGCGUUUCAAUGGAUCACAUCAAAAAUAAGCAGUGUCUCCUCUUGAAGGCAUUUAAUCAAGUCGAGUGUACAAAAGAUAUAUUACUGAGGAAUCUGAAAAUAAGGUCUGUAUUAAAUAGGUACAAACACACAUGUAAGACAUUGACGUCGCAACAGCAGCGACUACAUUGCAUCAAUAUAAAUAUAAAUCAGUGUCAUUAAACUUCCACAGUUGGUGGUUAAAAUCAAGUAGAUUAUUGACAUUCAGUUGAGACAGUGAAAUGUCUGACCAAGCAGGCCAGGUUUCUCAUCCCUUUUUACCCAGAAUUCUUUGCAUAAGUCUUCAAAUGUUUGACCUUUUAAAGGCGCUAUGAUGCAUCUAAAGUAGAUAUAGAUUUAGAAGUACAUGUUGUAACCAGUAUGGGGUCAGUUUAAAUGAACUCCAAACCUUCAAACUUCACAUUCCCGAUCUUGGUCUCCGGCAUCAGCACACGUCCAUCAAGUGUAAAAGCGAUGAUGUAGGUGGCGAUCAUUCCCGCAUCCUCUUCAGACUUGAGAGCCAGAAUGAUUUGAUCGUCAGUGUCCGGCACAAAUUUAAAAGAGGAGAAGCCGUGGGUGGGGUUGAGCGGGCCGACGUGACGGACGCUUAUGUGUUUGAAGUCGGCGGCGCAGGAGAGGAGGAGGUUGGUGGCCCGGCGCUCAUCAGCGGUCUCCUCGUAGUGUUGGUGGCUGGCACGGCGGGGGAGGAAGAACCAGCGUUGGAGGCGCUCGCUCCAUGCUGCCGAUUCGUGAAUCAGGUAGCCUGAAGAAAGGUCAGCAAGGUUAGGAGAGGCUAAGUUAAGAGAAAAAAAACAAUAAUGUCAUGAACCUGGUGGUUGGAUUCCAGCUGCCCCUCGCAGGGCGUUGUAGUGUGGAACCCAGUUCUCGUGCUCAACGUCUCCAUGGUGACCAACGACCUUCACCCA